CUUCAGAUUAGUUUCUUUUUUUAAAGAGUGUGACAUGAUCAAAACUGAAAAGAUUUUACAUUUGAACAGCUCAAAGGGUAGAAAGGUUCGUGUAGUGCGCGAGCAUUAUGUGAGGGAACAGGUGGAAUGUGGCAGUUCACUGUGUCUCGCGGGCUGUCACAACGACGGCAAGGUGCUGUCCAGUGAUGUGACCCACUACGUGGUUCCGGAUGGAGGGGUGGUUCGGGAUUUUCUGGAGAUUCUGGAGUUCAGGGAUUUGCAAGGGAUCGUAAUCACACAGACAUCAUACCAGCACACUCGUGGACGCAGACACUGCAGUAGACUGCGUGCUCUAUUUAAGGACCCUCGGCAUGAUUGUAUCCUAUUUGCCAAUGAGUUUCAGCAGAACUGCUAUUGCCCCAGAGAAAAGGGCGAAUCUCAGGAUAAAUGGCACACAAGAUGUGUCUAUAAUGCAGCAGUAUGGUACUAUAACCAUCUUGCUGGACUUAGGCCGGUGGUGAUGCUUACAGAAAACCGUGAUACUAUUGCAGAAUUUAGUGCCCUAAACAGUGGAGUGUAUGUCAUCUCAACUCAGGAUUACCUGUCAAGUUUCUGGCCAGACCUGCAGGCAGCUCAAGAGCUGUACAGCUCCAUUGCUCAGACCCUGCAAGAGCGAGAGAGCGAGGGAGCCGAAAAGGUGUAUACUGAACACCUGCCUGCCGAGGUGCUGGAGGCUGGAAUUAAAUCUGGCAGGUACAUCCAGGGCAUCCUCAGUGUGAACAAACAUCGGGCCCAGUAUGAAGCCUUUGUCCGUUAUGAGGGCUCUACGAACAAGAAUUCAGAGCUAAACAGUGAUGUUCUGGUCAGCGGGGUGAAGUAUCGUAACCGCGCAGUUCAUGGAGAUAUGGUUGUCAUAGAGCUUUUGCCACGUAAUGAGUGGAAGGGACGGAAUAUGGCACUAACAGAGGGUCAGGGGGAGGAGCGGUCACUGGAGGAUACACAAAGCCAGCCCAUGCCCACAGGCAGGGUGGUGGGUAUUCUGCAAAGAAACUGGAGGGAUUAUGUUGCGAGUUUUCCUCCUCUAGAGGAGGUGCAGUCCCAGAGCAGAAAUUCACAGAAGAUCCUGCUUAUUCCGUGGGACUACCGCAUCCCGAAAAUCCGUAUAAGCACACAGCAGGCUGAGACGUUGCAGGACCAUCGAGUGAUUGUGCGUCUGGAUUCAUGGGAAACCACUUCUAUGUACCCAAACGGCCACUGUGUGAGGGUCCUGGGAAAAGCAGGGGAGCUGGAGACAGAGAUUCAGACCAUCCUGGUGGAGAAUAGCAUCCAUGUGUCUGCAUUUUCAGAGGCCCAGUUGCGAGAGAUGCCGGUUAACACAGAAGAGAACCCAUGGCAGAUGGACAGUAGUGAGGUGUCCUCCAGACGGGACCUGAGGGACACUCACCUGGUGUUCAGUAUAGAUCCCAAGGGCUGUGAGGAUGUAGACGACACCUUGUCAGUUCGGAUGCUACCAGGGGGGAAACGUUUGGAGCUGGGUGUGCACAUUGCCGACGUCACUCAUUUUGUCAAAGUUGGCUCUCUUACAGACUUGGAGGCAAGGUCCAGGGCAACCACUUACUACCUGGCUGACCGCAGGUAUGACAUGCUACCAGCAGUGCUGAGUGCUGACCUGUGCUCCCUACUUGGAGGAGUGGACCGAUAUGCCAUGAGUGUGCUGUGGGAGCUGGAUGCCGAGUCUCUGGAUAUGUGCAAGGUUUGGUACGGUCGCACUCUUAUCCGUUCCUCCUAUCAGCUUCACUAUGAGCUCGCCCAGAGCCUGCUGAAUGGAGAGAAGGUGGAGGUGCCUGAACUAGGCCAACUGCAGGGCGCUCAGAGGGACCAGAAACUUGCCGAGCUUUUGCAGGCCCUGGAGACCCUGACGAGGGUGGCCAGACACCUCCGGGCACAGAGGGAUAAAGGAGGUGCUCUGGAAUUAGAAGGGGUGGAGGUGAGGGCUCAGUUAGAUGAGGACAAGAACAUUACUGCCCUUGUACCCAAACAGCCUCUGGAGGUUCAUGAGACUGUGGCUGAGUGCAUGAUCUAUGCCAACCACUGGGUGGCAUGCAAGAUACAGGAGAGCUUUCCACACCAAGCACUUCUGCGUCAUCAUCCACCACCCAAGCAGGAGUUCUUUAAUCAGCUCAUUGACUGCGCAAAGGCUCGUGGCUUCAGUAUUGAUACAAGAUCAAACAGGGCUCUGGCUGAUUCUUUGGAAAAGGCAGUGGAUCCUCGGGACCCCCUGGUGAACAGGUUGUUCAGAAUGAUGGCCACUCAGGCAAUGUCUAAUGCCCUUUACUUCUCCACAGGAGCCUGUCCAGAGGAGCAGUACUAUCACUACGGUCUUGCUCUGGACCGAUACACUCACUUUACUUCUCCAAUCAGACGUUACGCUGAUGUAGUAGUUCAUCGGCUCCUUAUGGCCGCCGUUCAGAUGGAGAAGGAAGGGUUGCUAUGCAAAGCCUUGGACAGUAACAAAGAGCUUGAGGAGCUGGCUCAACACAUCAACAGUAAAAACAGAGCAGCGCAGCACGCACAGAAGCAGUCCACAGAGCUAUUCCAGUGUCUCUACUUCAGAGACAAAGACCCACAGACGGAUGAACGCUGUGUGGCUGAUGCUGUGAUCUAUGCUGUCAGAGCCAAUGGCAUUCUUGUCUUCGUACCACAGUAUGGAUUAAAGGGAGCGGUGUACCUUAAGGAUCGGGAAGGUCAAGUGGUCAGCGUCAGGAAGGACGGAAGUUGUGAGUGGCAGGCCGGGAUGUUGCAGAGAUUCCCUGAUAGGAUCAACACCUGCACUAGUUCUGGGACUCAUACUUUUCACCUCUUUGCUCACGUAACAGUUCGUAUUUCUGUAAAACCCUCCUGUUGCCAUGCUGACAGCUUGUGUCUGGAGCUUAUCAGCAACAAGCCCCAUCGUACUGUGCAACCUGAUUUGCAGCAGCCAGCUGGCCGUGGUCGCUCCGAGCUGGUUCAGGAUGUUGUGCGCUGGGCAGAAGAGGCUUCGCUUCAGGCUGAGGAGGAGAGCAGAAGGAAACCUAAACUCAGCAGGGAGGAGAGGCAGUUCAGACAGAGCAAAACACCCAACCUCUAUGUCAUUCUACAGGAGAUCAGUGAGCUUGCCCUGUUGGAUCUGUCUGCUUGCCAGAUCAAAAAUACAGAGGGACAGACUUGCACUGCAUCAUCUUAGCUUUAUAGUGUUGUAAAUUUAAUUUCCUAGAUAUAUUAACUUACAUAGAUUUAGGGAUAGAUUUAUCAUACCUGCCAUAGACAUAAGAUCAGUUCUAUUAUUGUCUCCAGAUGUAGGCUGAUCUCACUUCAAUCAUUUUGAAUUGGCUCAUUCUGUGUAAAUAUCUUGCCAAUGCUGGUGUUUUUUAAACGAAUAACUAAAUGAUUAUUAAUACAGUCAUAAACAUUGAAAUAGGGAUAUUUGUCAAAUCUAUUGAAGGGCUGAGAAAUUCCUCUGAACGAAAAUCAGUCAAGACUUUGAUGCCUUACCUUUGUUUCAUUAAGAAAGCUUUCAAUUCCCAAUAACAGUAAAUAUUUAAGAAAUCUAAGUGUGUAAUCUAAAUAUUUUUUUUUAGAUUUGGUAGAUCAAAUGGAACGUUUUACAUUUUUUAAAGAAAUAAAAAUGUUUUAUAUGCAUCACUAAAAUUGUAAUGCUUCGGAUUUUGUCCUUUAAACAGUAGGGGAGAGCGGGGCACUACCUAAUGCUUUUUGGCUUUGGCUCUAUCAUCCAAAAAAAUAUUUAAGUUAGAUGAAUCAUUUUUUACACAAUCAACACACGCAUCUCUGCUACAAAUGAACAAUUAAAGUUUGUUUAUGGGACCUACUAUUAUCGUACAAUUACACCGAAAGUGACAGGAGGGCAAACAUUACAACUUACCCCAAAACAAACAGAGAGUUUGAUGUAACACCUGCUAGGAAAUGUUGUUUAAACAAAUAAUUCAAUAAAAUACUGUCUAUAUACUAAAGGUGGAUAUUGUUUAUAUGUCUGCCUAUAAUAGAUAGAUAUCCACACAUUCAUCCAUUCAUGAUCCUUCUUCUAACCAUCCUUGUAUUAUUCAUCAAUGCAUAUAAAUAGAUUUUAUAAAGGGCUGCAAAAUUAAGACAAAAAAAUCAUAAUUGUCAAUUAUUUCCCCUGAUAUAAUAUUAACAGUUCUCAUUUUGAUGAAUUGUAUUUACAUUGUUUUCAUUUUAUUAUCAUUGUAUACUGAAGGCUUACUAACCCUGCUGUGUAAAAUGUUUUCAAUCCCGGCUAUCAGUUACUAGGAGUUGCGGACAUGUUACCUAAAACAUAACACCAUUUCGAAACAAGACAGUGAUAAAAAUAAUAUAAGUUUGGAUUUAAUGACUUACACACCCAACUCAGAAAAAAAAACAUAAGACGAAGCAAUUUACUUUUAUGCUUCCACAACACUUUUUGUUUAAUGUCUUACCCCAAAACACAUCAAAAAAUUCACAAGAGAUCAUCUUUUGACAGUAAGAGAAUAAGACCAAAGCACACAUUGCUUGGCCCUGAAGAAAUAUGUAAAGUAGCAGCGUUACAAUUAACCCCGCGUUAGUUUGUGCCCCGCUCACCCCUACUAUUACAUUAAAGUGCAGGUGCUACACAAUUCCCACUUCUAAGUAAAGAUGAGGUGCACUGUUUGCAUGACAGCAAUAAAACAUUCAAGAUUUCUACAUAAA